UUCACGAGCAUUGAUCAUGUUUAGGAGCAUAAAAUGUUAAAAAAUAUUACGUUGCAUAAUUAAGAUAUAAUGCAAUACGGACUUCCGUGUUUAGCCUAAAAUGUUAUUUCAUGAUCUUUAUUCAAGUAUAUUUUCCUUAAAUUAAUGUACAGAUAAGAGAGCACGGCAUAUUUGAACAUUUUAACACGAUAACUAUACUUCAUAUAUUAAAUGCACUGACAUGUUGAAAUCAUUAUAAGGAAUAUAUUUCAGCAAUUUAGGUGAUUAAAAUGGCAACAAUAGACAACGAGAGACAUAUUCGCUACAUGCUUCUUCUUCAUGAAGGAGGAAUUCUUGUGCUAAGGGAAAUUCUUAGAAUUGAAACAACCAAAGCAGGUAAGCCCCUUGGCAAUAUACUGAGUGCUAAUGAAGCUGUCUUGAAGCGGAAGAUGGACAAGCAAACGUAUUCAAAUGUGUUUGGUUCCGGCGGAAAUCAAGAUAUUGAUACGUGGGACAUAUCACUUUUAGCGACAAUGAUUCUUCAUCUCUUUGAAAACAGUGUCCCAGGUGACAUUAAGAAGUGUAUCAGAGACCUCAAGGACUUGAGAAACAAUGUUGCUCAUUCACCAUCUCUGUCCUUAAGUUCAGAAGAAUAUGAAAACAACAGAAAAAACCUUGCCGCUAUUCUUAUGAAAAUGUGCGUUGGUGUAGAUCGGAUGGUUUAUGACAAAUGCCAAAACCUUAUAAAAGAUGUCGCAGUUGGGCCUAUAGAUAUACGUUCAGCUUUGGAAAGAGUAGAAGAGUUAAAAAAAUGUGACAAAGUCAUACAUACUUUGCUUGAAUCUUAUUUUCAAAAAAUGGAAGAGGUUUCAAUCAAAGUUGAUGCCGUUUCAAAUGAAAUGGAAGGCAAUUCGAUUAAAAUGGCAGACAUUUCAAGUAAAGUUGAGGUCAUUUCUGCUGAAAUGAAUGAUGUUUCAACUAAAGUUGAAGAUGUUACCGCUAAGGUGGACGAUGUCGCAACUAAGAUGAACGAUGUCUCAACUAUACAUGCUAUAGUGGAAGGCAAUUCAGCUACAUUGCAAAGAAUUUUCAGUACAGUAGAAGAGUUGAAAGACGUUGCUAAAGAGGUAUCUUCAGUAGCAAAUGAAGCGAUAGUUUCAGAGAUGUUUUCCGAAAUGUCAUCAGAUGUUGAAGCCAAUUUGCGGAAAUAUCGUCAUGAAUUUGAAAAGCGUAUCAAGGACCCGUCUAUCGUAUAUCAUCUUGCAGCACAGUCUGUCAUAUCUAAAGAGAUUUCUUCGAGGAUAACUGAUCUGUAUAUUGUUGGAGAGACAAUAAAGGCAUCUAAAGAGUUGAUUGACGCAGUUAUGAAUUCAAAAGAACCUGGGAAAUGGCAAUCAUUUGUAGAGUCCAUUGAAAGAGCAGAUUAUCCGUAUUUGAAGCAGCUGUUGUUAUCACCAACCGCCUAUGACCAAUUUUCGUCUACUCAUGCCCAGAGAAACAUAUGUUUGUUUAGCUCACGUCUUGUAAACUCGAUAAGUGCGGUGGAAUUAUUGCCAGAGUUUAUAAAAAGAGGUGUAUUAAAUCAUAUAGAUUCAGAAGUUACCAUAAGAACGGACAGAACUAAAGGCAACACAUAUGCUGCAAUGAUUCUCCUAGAUAAAAUGCAAUGUAGAAAGUCACCUCAAGAAUGGUAUUAUGAGUUUUUAGAUUUACUGAUGGAGAUGAACUUCCAGCAUAUAUUGAACGAACUUGAACCGGACUUUAUUGAAAAUCCUUCAGCAUUUAUGCCCAACCUAGGUAAUAAUCAUUCAUAG